AUCCACUAGUUUUUUCAAUCCUUCGCGUUCCGCCACAUUCCGAGAAGACCGCUUUUAUAGCUAUUCUCAACAUGGGUGAAAAAACGCAUGAUAAAUUACCGAUCAGUCGGCGUGUGACAUUAUCAUCGCUCGAAGAGCGUAAAACCAAGUGCCUAUAUGCGCGGCGGCAAUAUUCGUUCUGCGAUUCCCGGCGCGGCGAGGGAAAAAAUCGGCAUUCGUCGCGCAGCCGAGUCGAAUAAGAAACGCGCGUUAAUCGCGCCGGACAUAAGGUGUACAAGUUAUGCGUAAACAGGCGGUAAAAAUUUGCAAAAGGAAGAGAAAAAGCUAAUCUCGGAGAGCCGCGGCAAGAGAGCAGUAAGUAGUAGGGAGAAGGUGUGCGGUGGCGGCGGCGGCGGCGGCGGCGGCGGCAGGAGAGGAAGAAAAAUAUUCGGAAUUUAAAUAAGAAAAAGAAGAGGACGCGCGGCUGCGGCGAGAGACGUCUCCUCGCGGCGCGCGCGCGCGCUUGCCCCAGGAAGAAAAAGACGGGCUCUCUCGUGUGGCUGCGGCAGCAGCAGAAAAGUGGCAUGUGCGGCGUCCGAGAGAGAAAAUAUAUAAAAAAGAGCUGCCGUGAAAGAGAGGGAAGAGAGGGGGCAAGGGUAGGGAGAGAAGGAAAGAAAUUGUCGCGAGCUGGUCGUCCGAGAGAGAUGAGCGGCCGAUUUACCGUUCGGGAGUAGCAGAGAGAGAGAGAGAGAGAGAGAGAGCCAGCACACAGCGGCGGCUGCGGAGCAAGAGAGAGAGAGAGAGAGAGAGAGCGAGCGGUGUGUAUAGUUCGGUCGCGCGCUUAGCUGCAAUCGCAUUCCUCGCAGGGCUGCAUCCGCGAAAAGGUGCAGCCUCCGCUCUCUCAUCUCUGUGCGAGGAUCCAUCCGCUUCUCUCUACUAUAUACACAGUCGAGGAAUCAAUCGUCGCGAGUGCAGUGUGACAGUGCCGAGAAUUGGAGAAGCUGCCGAUCUUCCAUAGACGAAGUGAAAAUUCGCGGCGGCCGAUUAAGGAGUAAAGAAAGAAAGAGGCAUCACACAAGCGCAGGAGUAUUAUAUAGACACUGAGAAAGGGAAGUACUGCUCACGCGCGCGCGCUUGAGCCUGGCGGCGGUGCGAGUGGCAUAUACCGAGCGAGGCGAGAUUCCUGACAUUCCAGAGACGGCAGCGGUGGUGGCGGUGCGGCCAGAGAAAGACGGAGCGUGAUGUAGACUAUGUCCCCAGGUCGGCCAACCUAACGUCCUUACUAGUCCGCUCCAGGCUCCUGUUGCUGCUGCUGUUCUUAGCCUCGAAGCUCGAUCCUCGUACUCGACUGCACGAUAAGCCAUCAGGCCAUAUGCGAGGAAUGCGCGAGAGGAAGCGAGUCUUCGAGGAGGCUGCACUAGGAGAGGAGUGAGUGGAGGCUCGCCGCUGGAUCGCAGCGUCCAAAUGGGUGACGGAGGCCCAUAUUAUGGCCGAGCUUCGACUGCAACAGCAGCAGCACCAUCAUCAUCAUCAUCAUCAUCAUCAUCAUCAUCAGCACGAGUUUCUGCCGCUCUGCGACGUCCUCUUCAACAUAAUAUCGCUCGCCUCCUACUUCUGCGACGUUGUCUUCGACCUGGCCAUGGCUUACGCCUUGGCACAUCACCCGGAGGCGCCGCCAGUGCUCUUCCCCCUCAGCGUCGUCCUCGUUGUUACCUCGCUGAUCGUCUCUCAGGUCGUCAGCGUCAAGUGGUACCUCUGGGGCGCGAGAGGCAAGCUGCGGAACGUCGCCAACUCAGACUGUGAUAUAAGCGGAGGAAAAAAGACUGCCAAUUGGACCUUAGGAUGCGUACUUCUACUCCACACCACCCAGAUCGGUGUCUUGUGGCGAUACUUUAAGCUCUUCAUUCCAGUCGAUCUGACUUAUGUCAAACACGAGGUACGGGAGCUAUGCGUUCUCCGUCUGAUACACGCGUUCUGCGAGGCGGCCCCGAUGCUUCUGCUUCAGGUCUAUCUGCUGACCAUCGGCAUGAGCUCGUCGAGCGAUGGUCUGGAUAGCGAUGGAAUGACGCGAGAGCCGAAGCCCGGCGACUCGAAACUCGCCGAGCUGACUGCCGUGUCCGCGGGGCUGUCGCUCUGGAGCGUUUGCUGGGCAGUGGCCUCCUUCAGCAAGGGCGCAGCCAGGCUGCGCAACCUCGAACGUUUAGUGCUCACCUGGCUCGGCGUACUCGCCCAGCUGGCCUGGAGGCUUGGAACUGUCAGCGCCAGAGUCGGUGCCCUCGUCGCUUAUGCCUCGAUUUACGGCGGCGAGUGGCUCCUAGUUGUCAUGGCCUUGCACUGGCUGUCCAUGCUUACCUGGCUGCUUCUCACGCCAGACGGACUUUUUCACGGCGGAGAGAAGCUGCCCGCUACCAGGAAGGUCUUCAUCGCCUCGCUGCUGGCCUUCAUCUACGUCUUUUCGUACAUUAAUCUUCACGAGACCAAUCAUCGGCAGAAGAUGGUUAUCUUCUACUCCGUUAUGUUCCUCGAGAAUAGUUUACUCAUGGGAGUCUGGGCCGUCGGUGUCAGCGGAACUGAUAUGCAUCGACACGCCCAGCCAGUUACUUUAAUACUCACACUUUUAGCGCUAUUUUUCGGUGGUUUAUUAUUCAUGGGACUGUAUUAUAGAUUUUUUCACGUAAGACGAUUGCGAUACGAAGCCGGUGGACGAAUGAAUGGGACGAAUGCCGUCACGACGUUGUCUCAACAGAAUACUUUUCAAGAAAAGCACAUGAACGGCUUUGAUGACAAACAGAAUAACGCUAUUGGAAUGCGAAAAGUGAAGUUAAGUAAUGGCGGUAUACCCGGUGUGUUCAACUGUCGAUUCGCGAAUCCGACAGUCACUAAUCCAAAUCGUAAGAAAAAGAAGCCGACCACUUUUGUGCCUCCUCCUACGCAACCUCAAGCCAACAUUAUACCGAUGACGACUUUGGGAGACGCCAAUAAAUGGGUCAACGGAAAUGGCAAUGGCCCCGCGCUCAUUCCUUUUUGGAAGAGGCCCUUGUCUAUCGCUAGCUUAAAUAACGACGACGAGGCGACGCGAGAUAAAAAUGACGCGGAUCUGACGAUUGGCGGCUCGUUAAGUGUGAAUCUAAUUCACGAGAAGCUCCGCGAGAAAAAGCAGCAGCAGCUGCGAGAGCUGCGUGCCAUCCAAGAAGAAAUAAAAGAAGGAAAACUCGUUCCUCCACCGUCAGCUUCCACAUCCUCGUUUUCCUCGAAUCCCUCUGCGGCGAAUCAUCAACAACCUCCACCGAACACCAAGUUGCAUACCUCGCCAAACUCGCCUCUUACGGUGUCCCCAAGUAUGACGCUGCCCAGUCAGAAUGGUUGCGUUAACAACGGCAGCGCGAUGACCUCCUGGCCACCAGUGAAGAUGCAUUGCAUGCUGCCACCCCCGCCCGCGUCAAUUUAUUAUCCGUCUCCACAUCCGACUACGGCGUGGAAACCGAAGAAAAACGUCGACUCGAAUGGCGAAAUUCUGUUGGCGCCCAGGUGUCUACCCUAUCAUUGUUCUCACUGGAGUCCACCCAUGAUGUCAAAUCAUAGGUUGUGCAAUAAUCAGAAUGGAUUGGAUGAAACCUCCAAAGAGGAAGGUCACGCCGACGAGGACGCAAGUGACAUCGAAGGCAGCCAAGUGUCGUUACCACGAAGCUACACGUUACCGCGGGAAUUCAAAUACCACAAUAAGAAUAACGAGCGAAGGGAGGGAGGAGCUAGGUUUACGGGCUCACGUUUCUAUCUGCCUUCGACCAACAGCUCCGAUGGCGACGUAGACAGUGCCGACAACGAGGAGGAAACCGAUUCGGAGUUCGUACCCCCGAACCCCGAGGUCCACACACCGACGUGCAAAAGUAACAGCAAUCACAACUUGCAGGCCUCGCUGUCCUGUGGUGUGCUGCGUUCCAAUCCAAUCGUCCGCACAAAGGUCAAGCACGAGACAAAGUUGUGAAAGCUGCUGAAGAAGUUUGUGCAUCUUCUUCCCUCGCCCUACUGUGCCUUGAGAAACAGUAUUUAAGCUACCACUCGUAGCGCUAAGGACAAAUAUACGAGGCCUCAUUCGCGUCGGGAAAACCUGUGUAAAAUUUGCGAAACGCGCACUGUACUUCUAAGAAAGAUAGACGUUUAUUGUGUAUAAUAAAUUAACGAUUCGUACUUUUGUAUGUUAAUAAUUUUUGUACUUUUUGUAAAUAUCAAAUAUAUAACGUAUAUAUACACGA